ACUUCCGAUGUUGGUACUGACCUUGAAGUCCCAGGAAAAGUAUACAUUUGUAGAGUGGGAUAUUUCGCUACAUUUUUUAGCACGGAUUUACUGAAGUACCUGAAAGUUAUGUUAAUUUAGCACUGAUUGGUAAUAUAACGGCGGAUCUCAGCAUUCGAUGAAGUGGAAUAAUUCGGAUGCUAAAUGUUUGAAGAUCAGAGUAACACUACAUGAAUCUGAGCUAGAGUUUAAUAUAUCGCCUAAAAGCACUGGAAAAUACCUCUUCGACCUAGUCUGCAGUACAAUUGGCUUAAGAGAGACGUGGUAUUUCGGACUACAAUUUUAUAGCUUCUUUCCAAAUGGAAGAAUGCAACUUUCCCACUGGCUUAAAUUAGAUAAGAAGAUUGUUUCACAAAAACCAGAGGAUAUCUCUAAGUCUCUUUGCUUCUUUUUUCACACCAAAUUCUUCCCUGAAGAUGUUGAACAGGAACUAAUACAAGCUACAACUCGUCGUCUAUUCUAUUUGAGUGUUAAGUCCACCAUUUUAAAUCGAAGUGAAUCCAAUAUGAAUGGGAAUUGUUUUGGCGAUCUUUGUCCGUCCCUCGACGUGGCUAUUCUUCUUGCCUCAUUGGCUUCUCAGGCAGAAUACGGUGAUCUUUGCGAGGAAGAGCUUAGUGAUACAGAGGAACUCACGUUCUUACCACGACGUAUUCUCAGAUUAAUCCCAGCUCAACUAUGGACCCAAAUACAGUCCACUCAAGGUGUAACACAAAAGUUUCGGGAACAUUAUAAAUCCCACAAGGGAAUGAAUCGUGACAAAGCGGAACUUCAGUAUCUCAAAGUAGCCCAGAUGCAUAACCUUUUUGGGGUGGAUUUUUUUCCUAUUGUCUAUGUUCGGAUGAAGUUUCCUCGAACGUUAAGUUUGGCGCAGAACGAAUCAACUAUUUGGGACAACACUAAUCAAUGUCACACAAAUGCUUGGCUUGGUGUUACAGCUGCAGGUCUUCAACUGUAUGGAAAGUGUCAACGUGAUCCACCUCAAUUUACAUUUCCUUGGAAUAUGAUAAAAAACGUUUCAUAUCGUGAACGCAAGUUUACGAUCAAGUUGACCAGUACCUGUCGUGCAACUAGCAAACCUAGUCAAAUUACAUCUAUCCCUACCUUAUUGAAUGAAGCCAGGGGACCAAUUGUAAUUUCAUCAAAAGCAAGUCAGCCCAGCCGCAGUCCUCUUAUUAGUAUCACAGGCCAAGCCUUUGUUGGCGUUGCUGUAGGUUCUAGUGCAGGAGGUAGUGGAACGUCUGCCGCAAGCUUACCUAGCACUCCAAUGUCAGCUCGUCUUGUCCCUGCGGUUCCACCUGUUUCUCCAAAUUUACUUGAUGCGUCUGUUAACCUUUCAUCUCCAAGAGCUGUUUCCAAGUUCGAAUCAUGUGAUACUGCGCAACAACUCGUUGCUCCUAAAGGUUUCAAAGGUCGUGCUAAAGUUCUUGAACUAGGUUCACGCUGCAUUCCUGGUUUAUCUAUCAAAUCCUCUUGUUACUCUGCUAAUGAAUUUGCAGUUACUAGAACUAGUGUGAAUUGUCUUCGUGCACCUAGGGUUCAGUCUGCGGAAAACAAUGUCUCACUACCGUCCAAAGGUUUGCUUAAAUCGUCUAAUUUGAAUUUUGAGACAGUGUCAAUCAGUGUUGUUGAAGUUUGGUUAGCAGACCCAAAUCAAGCUAAAACAGUUAUGUCUAUGUGUGCUGGUAACCACUCACUGUUCAUGAGACGUCGUCAACCGGAUAGCAUUGAGGUUCAGCAAAUGAGAGCACAAGCAAGAGAAGAGAGAGCCAGACGAGAGGUUGAAAGAGCACGACUGGCGAAAGCACGUGCAGAAAAGGCUGAGGCUUUAGAAGCUAAAUCAGUUUUAGAGGCUCGGUGUGCUCAACUUGAAGAGGCACUAAUACAUCAGCAAAAAUGCCAAAACCCUUACACCUCUGAUAACCAUAAUCGUUUGUUCGAUACCUAUGCAGUUAAUUCGCCCUCCACUCAAGCUUCUCAAUGUAUAUCCAAUCCAUACAACUGUAAAGUUGCUUUCAGUCCCAUGAAGAAAGAAAAUCAAAAAGACGUUAAAAUAGGUGGUAUACCUAUGUUCCGAACGUUGAACGAUGACGAUGAUGACCAGAAAUCCAUUUCUAAUCCCACUGAAGAUAAUGAUAAAACUACUAGUGAUAUUAUGAAUGGUGAUCGGUGUGGUAACUACUUUGAUGAUUAUAGUUUCUAUCCACCAGUAACCAGUUCGGAUGGAUACCCAGCACAUCAUGGAAAAUCAUGGGAUGAUGACAUUCACACAGACCAAAAUAACUUGGUUUACAAUGAUCCUCUCUAUCCAAACAUUUCAGUAAAUUCGUUCCCUGUCUAUUCUGAGUUUACUGAUCAUCGAUUUGCUCCGGGUUCAGUGUCUGUUCCUGUAACACCUCACGUUAAACGCACAGAAAUGAUACUCGAUCGGCGAACGAAUUGUUACCCUCAGUCGUCGUUUUGGCCGUUUGAGUCAACUAGCUGUCCAGUAGAUCUACAUAGCGAACGUGCUGUUUAUAAGACUCAGUCUAACAAAAAGGUGGUUUUGUAUCCAUCUUAUUUGGUUACUAAUCUUGGUCCAGUGUAUCCUGAUGGUAGUUUCUGUGGCAUCGCCCUUAAAUCGUUAUCGUCUGGAAAUCAUUGUCUAACUGGUGAAAUACCAAUAGUAUCUGUCGAGGGGUCCAUUUCUAAAGAACCGGAAACCUCUUUCACUCCGUUUUUUAUUGUCCCCGGUAGCUUGCCUGCUCUUCACAAUGAUAAAGUUUUCAAUUCAAAAUCUCGUGUCGGACCAACAGACGUCUCUCAUAGUGAUCAUAAUCCGUGUGCUUGUGCAGUAAUGUCUACUGGACACCAACCUCCUACAAUCUGUCAUAUACGCUCUCCACCUCAAACAAUUAUUCGUGAGGUUUCUUAUACUGUACCAACGAGUGUUCUGAGACACUCACAGUACUAUACACCGAGUUGUCACGUUCAGUUCGUCCCACACGAUCCUGCAGAUCACAGCCGAUAUAUCUAUUCGAGUCCAUCUUUGGCUGCAAUACUUUCUCCUAUUGUUAAUCAACGUUUGCACCGUCGAAUGCCAAUUCGUCCACAGCCUAGUCGUGGCUUAAAGCGACAGCAGUCGCAGCCGAAAAGCACAAGAUCAUCUGACUCAGUUCAUAUUCCCUUAAUGGAACGUUCGACAAGUUACAUGCAAAUGCCUUACUCAGAGAACGACUGUGGAUUAGCGUCUACAGAUGAUUAUAAUUUGACCAACAACCACUUUUUACCCCAUCCUACUAAUCGUGGCUGUUCUUUUCAAUAUACACCUUGUUCCACAAACGUCCAUUCGAAAUACUAUGCCUUUCAGUCAGGUAUUAAUAGUUCAUGGAAGUUCAAACGUUUGUGUUUGGUCUCAGAUAUCCAAAUGAAGUUUAUCCGAGUCCACUACAUUAUCCAUUCCACUCUCCUACAACAAAUGAAUAUCUUCACCGUGCUGCUAGUCUCGACGUUUCAUCUGGGAACAAUGAUCUUUUGUGGAAUAAAGCGCCUCAUGAAUUGUUAUCUCGAACAGGUGAAUGUAAUGAGGAUGAGAAUGUCUAUCUACUCGAAUCAAAUCCUCCUUAUUCUCAACGCAGUUUCUUAACAAAUCAGUUACAGGAGGAAAGAGCUCACUUUGCAUUUCUUCAAACACAAUUUUCACGCCAGCUGUGUGAUACGUGGGGAUAUUUAAAAGCAGCUCGUGGUCAGCAAAUUGAUAAAUUAUGCGAUUUGGCAACCCACGGGAUUGGAAGUAAUAUUUACAAGUAAUCAUCAGUGAUUCUAUAAUGAUCAGUUCAUUUUAUAAAAUGUUGAUUAGGGUUUCGUGAUUUUUAUGUUGGUACCGAUUGCUGUUAUUAAAAUCUUCUUUGUCUGUUGUUAUCUUAUUCGCUUUAUAGUAUAAUGCUGUUUUUCUUGUCUACACGAAUGGGUCGUUAAUUUGCCUUAGGCGAAUAUCUACACUUGAUUCCCUCCCGGUGUCUAAUUAACAGGGCUUCAACACAACUCAGAUCAAGAACUACUGACUAGAAGUAUAUAUAUUCCUACACCCAAAACCGACAACAAGGCGACGCAAUCCAACAACAAUAAUAAUAAGGUUAGGAGAAUGUUAUAACUCAUCUAACGCUUGUUAGACUAUCUACAAGUCUGAUCAAGCAGACAACCAAUCAUUAUCAUCCUCACCCACGUAUCAUUUUGUAUUUUGAAGGAUUGGUAGCUUCAUUCAAACUGGAAGCUUAAUGCUUUGGUAUGCUAAGUAAACUGUUACAAAUGACCUGUUUUUCCUAAUAGUGAAGAUCAGUAACUAGCAGUGAAGUAUUGGGCUCAUUUGUUGCUUUAUUUUGAAACCUGUCAGGAUUUGCCAGGACCAGAAUCCACAGGUGUUCAUUUUAAAAUGUAUACUUUGAGCUUAUAUCUUCAACAGAAACAACUUUCUGUUGUACGUACGAAAUCCAUUCGAAAAUUGAUUCUCAUCAAAAGAUGUCACAACUCUGAUAUACCAAUAACGAAUCGACAUAAAUUAUUUUCAUAGUUGUUUGAAGGCAUCCAAUGUGAAGCUCACGUUAUUAGUUCAAUAUAUUUUCUCCGUUUGUUAGUUUUAAUUUAAACGACUAUGAAUUCUCUGUAGCAAUAAAUUAUUUUUGACCAACAAAUUGUCUUCAUUGCCAGGUUAGAAACACUAAAUUAUAUGACAUAACAAAAAAAUCUUGAUUAAACUAUUCGUUUUUUAGUAAUCCUUCUUCCUAUGGUUGUGAACUGCGAUGUGAUCCUGCUGGCGCUUCGGAUGGUGCAUCCACUGGUGGCGGAAACAUAUGCAGUAUGUGCGGUUCUAGUGCAUAUGAUGGGCACGACCAUCUUCACGACACUAGUCCUGACCAUCAUUUCUAUGAACCGUACUCACAAUUGAACCAAGAUGUUUCGUCACCUGAUGACUCAGGUGUUAAUAAUUUAAGGUCCGAGAACAAACUCGAAAGAGGUAAGCUCGUUCAUUUUGGUUUCUUUUCAUUUUCGAAGUACCUUAUUGCGUAACAGAAGCUUUACAAUGAUGGUAUUGCAUUAUAACGGCAAUUAUGUUUUUUUGGCUGGAUGCAAAAUUGGUAAUCAGUAUAUCUCUUCUAGAGCAUAUUGUAUAGUGUAACCCCGUACCAUCCAAGGUUUUGCAAAAUCCAUUACGAUUUCAAAUUUUGGAGAUCAUUCGUGGACAUCUACUUUUAAUACAAGAACACUUUCUAGAGAUACUAAUCAAUUUAAUAUAGUGUUAGUUUUGUAAAGUUAGGUAAGAAUAGGAUAAGCUAAGUGAUCUGUUUUAUUACAGCUACUCGUACAACUGAAAAAUAAUCAAACGUCCGAUGCACCCGACCAAAAUCUGAGCAUGUUAGUCUUGAUCUUAUUGCUAUGAAGAUAAUGAACGUAUUAGGAUCAGUACAUUUAUUAUUUAUGUUAGGAAUAGCGGAAAAUAUUGGAUUAACAGAAGCUGAUUUCUAUGUAAUAGCAGUCAUCGUAUAACCGCAGGUUUCUGUUACUUGAGGAGUUUGAAUCGGCGCACAAUCCAACAACAAUGAAUAAUAAUAAGGAAAGGGAAUAUUAUAACUCAUCUAACGCUUGUCAGACUCUCUACAAGUCUGAUCACGUACACAACCAAUCAUUAUCAUUCUCGCCCACAAAUAUUAAAUAAAUCCCUGAGAUCAAUAACUCUGCAAGUCUUCCAUAGUUGAUACUGAUCGCAUCAGCUUUACUGAACUCACCUAGCUGAAGCUGCUCGGUCACGCAUCCGCACCAGACCACGAGUGGGUAAGCGGUACUACGUAUCUCCUACAGCCCUUAGUCAGAUUAUAUUGAUCAAUUCUCGAUAGCAUAUCAUAUAUAUCUUCGAACAUCUUCACUUCUGAUUUGACUAAGUUGGCAUAUUUCGACUAUAAAGGUGUUAUGUGUAAAGGCGUUGUCAAAUCCCAAAUGCUUGUAGCAUUUUCAGCGUCAUUCUGAACUAUCUCUGAAUAAACUCUUAUUGUACCAUCAAUUAUUGAUGCAAUAAUGAUUUCUUUUGAGCUUUUUCUUUAAUACGUAUAUUUACAACGGGUUCUUAUUGCUUUACAAACAUAAUUUUUAACUUUUUCACGCGUAUUACAUUUAUCUUUCUUCCAUUGUCAAUUUUAAAUUCUUUUAAAUACUAGAUAACAUGUCUGCAUAUGAUGGAUUUUAUGUAAUCAUUAUUAAAAAGUUAUUAUAAUUGCAUUUUUGAAAGAACUUGGAAUGGUUUAUUUUCAACACUUAGAUGAGGAUAAGCUAUCGAUGGGAGAUAGCAAAAACUGCUGCGGUAUUUGACGGGUAAACUGGAAUAUUCACAUCACGUUCUCAGUAUGCAGGGUAUCAAACAGCUUAAGGAUAUAAUUCAAGCAAUCAGAAAUGUUCCCGGACCAGAUUCAGUGGACAAGCUUCAUCGUUUCUCGGGAACGGUUAUUAUUGAAGUCAACUUAUCCGUUGUUCUACGAUUCCACAACACGUAACAGAUGCGCUUAAAGGAAUUGCCAAGGGAUUGUACGUUAUCUCCUGAAGGCAAAGAUGGGUUCUCGACAGGUUAUUUUGCUUUAACAUCAAUGUUAACCCGCGUGAUUAAAGAUUUCGACAAUAAUCUGAGUCACUACUUGGCGAUUGAACUAUUGAACGUUAGUAGAGCCAGCUUUCCAUCUGGAAAUGCUUUCAUAUAGUCUCACAUACACAGACACGGUCGGGCAAUUCCUACUCACUGCCUUCUCGUGGCAUUACUGUUGUUUACAAAAUUCAAAGGACGAAGGGUGAAUGUCCGGUGCAUUAACCAGGUAGGUGGAUAUGAACGACCACCUAGGGGAGUUGGAGAACCCUGAUUCCAAAACAAUGGUGCAUAUGGGCUCCAGGACUCUGAAGGAACAAAUGGUGUGUGAACUCAUUGUUGGUCACCGGCUACGAUGGGAUCGCAUCUACUAAUGUUGCUCCACUGCCUUGUGGAUUAGGCCUUCAAAUCAAAGGCUUGGUAUGUGGCCCUUAAGAAAACCAAUUCGAAUUGGCAAUAAUGUAUUUAGUGGCCUUUAAAGCAAUAAGCAUACAUCUCUUCAUACGAUGUUUUUUUUAGGCAGGAUUUCAAAACAGUAUAUUCAACUGAGGCAGUAUACCAGUUGUUGAACCUAGACACUGAAAUGUGACUUGAUGGAAAAUAAUGUUGAUUAGGUAACAUCAUGUUUCAUAAAUUGACAGCUAUCAAGGUUCUGAAACCUUCUUCAAUUUAUCGGAAUGCAUGUUCAUCGAUUUAAGUUGGCAUACCACUUCGGAACAGGCAAGAUGCCGGAGUAUUACAAGUAGUGACACUAUUAACGGUUGUCGAAGAAACUAGUUAGACUGUGUGGUUUGAGAAAAUGUGUACUCGUGGUAUAAAGGAGUAGCAGAUAAUUUUGAAAAUAGGUGAAGUUAUGAGGCAAUAUAUAAUGAAUUGAUCUGCGCCAUUGUAACAUAUUUUCAGAAAUGUUACCGAACAUCAAACGUGCACCUGCCUACCCGGCUUAGUCCAACAGUUAAUAAAUGCACCGCAUUUUUUUCAACCUUCUAUUAUACCAGCGGGAAUCGCGCGACAUGGUAAAUAGGAUAACGUUUUCAUGAAACAUGUACUAACUACCUCAGUCUAUGAACAUUUACAACUUCGUUAACCAAUUCUCAAUUUCCACCUAGUACUCUACAUCCAACCUCAGCACUGCUCACCUGUUGGUCCUAACAUAUGCGAGCACUGGUCCAAUCGCAUUUGUAAUCAAACACUAGUAACCCAAGAAUAUGUUUUAUCUUUGGAGGGUACAUUUCACGGCUAUAAAGUACGACAAAGUGAAUUACUGCACAGUGUACUCGUCCUCUGAUUAAUAGAUGGAUGUCUGGCCUACACCACAAGUGACUCAGUGGAAAAGCAAACCAAGCUUUCUGAGUUCGCGACGAGAUUUCUUCAGAUAUAAACCCACAACUAAGGCUGAUAGAACUUCCAAGAUAGGGAAAGUGGUCGACGCGCCCAACUACUUUACCCCAUAUCAUUAGUUCGGUGAGGCUGUCCACUAUCUCCAUUUUCGUCAUAGACCUACUACGAGGAAUGACGUUCUCGUCUGAAUUUUUUGGAAGUGAUCUCCUACCAGGAGGUCCACUUAUCGACUAUUUGGUGAAGACGCUGAUAACAUGGAAGUCUUUUGGUAGCACUGAGUAACAAUGCAAUGAUGUUUUGGAUGCGUUUCUCCCCUUCUAGAGGCAAAUUGUUGCUUCAGGACUGGUCUGCGUCAACACCUGAACUAAGGAUAGGGAGUGAAGUAGUCGAACGUGCCGACAACUUCACUUAUCUUGUAAGUCUGAUCAACCCUAAUGGGUUGGUGUCUGACGAAAUCUCAGCACAGAUUCCAAAAGCUCUUUCGGCUUUUGCCGACCUACGUCACCUAUGGCGAAGGCGAGAUAUCCGUCUACCAACUAAGUAACAAGUAUGCUGAACAAUAGUUUGUUCUGUUUUACUUUACAGCUGCGAGACAUAGCCAUUAAGGGUAGAGGAUACACGUUAGUUACUAGUGUUUGACCAAAGAUGUCAUAGAAGUAUUACUCGCAUCUUCUGCGAUCCCUGGGCAAGUAAUAGUGAAGGAGUUUAGACACAGGAUACUAUGGAAUGAUAGCAAAUCGGUUGAUAAAGUUGUAAAUCUACAUCGGCUGAGGUGGUUGGACCAAGUAUUACGCAUGCUCAACCACCGAUUACCACGGCGUCCAACGCUGAUUAGUAUUGAAGACGGAUGGAAGAAAGUUAGGGGUGGUCAGACCAGAACGUGGCAUCAGUCCAUAAAGUCACUACUGGUUUGAACCGUGUUGGUAGAUCCGGACUGCUUGGUUGUGGUACGCGUGACUAUCUUAACCAAUGGUUUUCAGUGUUGCUGAACCGGAUGAAAGACUCAGUAGUCGGCUGACAUCGAGAUCAACAGACCGGAUUCCGUAAAGAUCGGUCGCGACAGCACGGAUUAUCGUUGAACAAUCAACUGCAAGGAACUUGGCACUGUAUAUCAACUUCCUUUGAAUAUGAGGAAGUGCUUGACAAUGUGGAUAGGAAGACGUUAUGGGACUUUUUUCAACUCUAUGGUGUACCUGACAAAAUUGUCAACAUCAUCCGGAAUUCAUACGACGGGCUAUACGGCAAAGUCAUGCAUGGAAGACAGCUGACAGACGUAUUCCAGGUGAGGACCGGAGUCAGACAAGCCUGCUUACUCUCCCCCUUUCUCUUUCUUCUGGUAGUUGAGUGGACUUUGAAGACCUCGACAUCUGAGCGGAAACACGGAAUACAACAGACAGCUUUGAGUUUGCAGAUAACCUAUACACAAAUAUAAAAAGCGACCCACCUGAGGAUAUUUUUUUAAAAAGCUUAAAUCUUGCGUAACGUAGUUUCUGCCUAUUGUUCGUACUAGGCAACGAUUUUCGCGUUGCAAACACGAAUAGAAAACCUCCUAUUCAUUGGCAAAUUUUACUUUCUUUGUAUAUAAGCAUUGAAGUAUUUCUAUUUUCUUUUUUUACCAGGUGGUAAUGGGUUAGAUCAAGAAUGGCAGUCUAGUGCACAAUCACGAUACACUCAUAUAAACGUAUACACACAGUCAACGAAAGCGUGUUGAAUUGAGAUUCAUGUUACAUAAUAAGUCCUGCACACUCCUAACUUUUCCAAUUUUAUUGCCGUAUCCAUCGGGCUUGUUCCCAUAAAACCAUUUUGUAUAUAAAAAACAAGUGCACUAUUAAAAUAGACUACUUAUAUGCUAAUUAAAUGUGUUGAAGUUUUUUUCCUAC